CUUGUUGAGUAUCGACAAAGAAAAGCCCGACGUGAUGGGCAGACUACUAAGAAGACUAAAAAAAUUUCAAGCUGUAAACAAGAUGAACACAGCUCAAAUAUUAAUGAAGGAACAGAUGAGAUGUCCAUGAAUGGUUCUCAAGGUGUAGAAUCAGCCGGGAAUCCUGAUUCCACCAUAAUGAGAGCUCUUCCCACUGGACAAACAGAGAAUCCUAAUCAGGUCUUAGUUGAACCUGAAAGUGAAAUUUCUAUUACAGGAAACCACUGCAGUUCACGAGAGGGAGAAGAAUUUGGCCUUGAUAAUUCUCAUUCUGAACAAGGAGCUCUGUGCAGUCAGACUCAUGUCGAGAUAAUGGAAAAUGAAUUGGCUGGAAAACAGCAUGAAAUUGAAGAACUAACUCAGCAGCUGGAAGGAAUGAGAGCUACCUGUGGGACUGAAGUGCUGCAGAGGUUAUAUGAAUUUGAAGCUGCCAUUAAACAACGAGACAGCAUCAUUACUCAGCUAAUAGCUAAUUUGCAGCAAGCAAGAAAAGAGAAGGAUGAGACAAUGAAAGAAUUUUUCCAAUUGACAGAACAAAGUCAGAAAUUACAGAUUCAAUUCCAGCAUUUACAGGCCAGUGAGACAUUGCGGAGCAGCACCCACAGCAGCACUGCUGCAGAGCUGGUUCUCGUGAAGCAGCAGCUCCACGCUCAGCAGCAGCAGGUGGAAAAGCAAAACCAUCUGUUAAAGAAUUAUCAGAAAAAGGAGGUGGAAUUAAAAAAUCAAAUCACCUUUUUACGAGAGAAAAUUGAAGUAUAUGAAAUGGAACAAGAUAAAAAAUUAGAAAAUGCUAAUAACAAAAUACAAGAAAAGCAGGCAAUCAUUGAAGCCUUGAACAAAAGAAAAAUGGAAGAAGACAAGAAAAGUGGUGCUCUGCAGAAUCAGUUAGAAACUGCUGAUAAAUUAGUAGGAGACUUAAAACAACAGCUUACAGAAAUGGACCAAGAGAACCAAAGCUUAAAACUGGAGCUAGCCAGUUGUAAAGAAAAAGAGAACCACUAUGUUUCAGAAAUUAAACAGUUCAUGGGGAUAGUUGAAGAACUGCAGCAGAGAAAUUACAAAGAAAACCAUACAGAGACUGGCAUAGUGCAGAGAAUGGAGAAAGAAACACAGCGGAAAUUAGACCACCUCCAAGCGGAGCUAGAUGAGAUGUAUGGGAAACAGAUAGUGCACAUGAAGGAAGAAUUAAUAAAGCAACACAAAUCUCAGAUAGAGGAUCUUAAAUCUCAGCAUAAAGGAGAAAUGGAGAAUACUUUAAAGUCAUAUGCAUGUACUACAGUUGGUACGUGCAAUAUGUAUAAAGAUUAUAAAGAACAGUUAGAGUUAUCAAAUGUGCAGAUAAAUGAACUGAAUAAAAAAUUGCAAGAUACUCUUUCUGAAAAGAAGAAUCUCAGCGAAGAACUCUGUGUAGUUACGAGAGAAAAAUGUGUGCUUCAGACUCAGUUUAAUGAUCUUUUAGAAGAGUUAAACUUUUUAAGAGACCAGAUUCAUAGAGCAAGGCAGACAAUAUCUGAACAAGAAAUUAAACUAAAUGAUGCACGCAAGUCCCUCAGCACAGUUGAAGACUUGAAAGCUGAGAUUUCUGCAGCGUCUGACUUCCGGAAGGAGCUGGAGUUAAAACAUGAAUCAGAAAUUACAAAUUACAAAAUAAAACUUGAAAUGCUAGAAAAAGAAAAGAACGAGGUACUAAACAGGAUGGCAGAGUCCCAAGAAGCAGAGCUGGAGCGAUUGAGAACACAGCUUCUCUUCAGUCAUGAAGAAGAACUUUCCAAGUUAAAAGAAGAUCUGGAAGUUGAACAUCGAAUAAAUAUUGAAAAACUUAAAGAUCAUUUGGGCAUUUACCACAAGCAUCAGCUAGACGACUUACAAAAUGAAAUGAGUAAGAAGAUGGAAACUAUGCAGUGCGAAAAAGACAACUUGAUAAGUAAGCAGAAUCAGCUAACUUUAGAAAUUUCCGAGCUAAGAGAUUUACAGCAGUCACGUUUUGAUAUGAAAUCAGAACAAAUGACCCUUCAGAUUAAUGAACUUAAAAAAGAAAUUGAUAUCCUCAGACUUGAAGGAAAAGAAAAGGGUACGCUUGAACAGGAAAUUCAAGAGUUACAACUUAAAACUGAACGACUAGAAAAACAACUGCAGCAAAAAGAGGAGGACCUUCAAGAAAAAUGUACACAACUUGAAGCAGAGAAUAGCAUUCUUAAAGAUGAGAAGAAAGUCCUCGAAGACCAGUUGAAAUCUUACACUCCUAGUGACCAAGAAGAAAGAUUAAUUGCCUUAGAUUCUAGUGCAUACUUGUCAAAAGCUUGUAACUGCCAAAAAGAAAUCAAUACUCUUAGACAGGAAAAGGAUGACCUGAAGCAGCAAUGUAUUCACCUCAACAAGGAGAUCGAAAGGCAAAGGAAUACAUUUUCCUUUGCUGAAAAGAACUUUGAAGUUAAUUAUCAAGAGUUACAGGAGGAGUAUGCUUGCCUUCUGAGGUCAAGAGAUGAUUUAGAAGACACCCAAACUAAGCAGGCUUUGGAAUAUGAAAAUAAGCUCAAAGCGCUAACCGAAGAGCUCCAUUUGCAGAGAGCAAGCUUGAUGAUACACAAAGAGAAGCCUUCUGACUUUAUUGAUGCCAAAGCUUUUAUAGUGGAACCGUUGGAAGUCAGGGAGGUAGUUGAAAAAGAUACUUCAGACAUUAACAAAAGUGGGGGAGAAGAGUUGAUGUUGCCAAGAACAACUACUGAAGCAGCUGAUGGUAUAGUUGAACCAUGUGAAAAACUCCAGCAAGAGCUUUUUGCCCUCCAAGCCAAGCAGGAUGAUUUAAAGCUGCAGAUGGAAGCCCAGCGGAUAUGCCUUUCCCUAGUUUAUUCAACUCACGCAGAUCAGAUUCGUGAAUAUAUGGAAAAGGAAAGAGAUGAAGCUCUUUGUAGCCUUAAAGAUGAGCUUGUUUCUGCUCAAGAAAGAAAACUGAUGGAGCUUCAGAAAAUGCACCAGUGCCAGCUUCAGGCACUUCGGAGACAGAAGACAGGUGAUGGCAAAGAGCCUUUACAGGUGCUCAUUGGACGACUUCAAAAGGCAGUGUCUGAGGAGUGCUGCUCUAUUUCAAAGACUCUAAAUACUUUCCUUGAUGAACACUAUUGUCCUUUAAAAUGCGAAAUGAAUAUAGAAGAGAAAGAGAAUUCUGGUGUUUACAAUGAAAUUCCGAGGUUGAAAUUACAAGACUAUAGAUACCAAGUUGAAGAUUUUCAACAUAAUAUGGAAAAUUUUCUGAGUAAAGUCAAGGAUGAACACAACAAGCUUGUGACACUGCAGAUGCACUUAAGGAAGAUUCAUGGACAGCAAACAGAUGGUGUGAAACUUGAGUUUCCUGAAGAAAAUGUGGCAGAAGAGGAAGCAGGGUCUUUGUCGGUUUGCUCUCAGGCUGGUUUACAGAACACUGACAUCAGUCCUGAGAGUGAGGUGUCUCCUCUGCCAAAGAGUGAAGAAAGUAAAGAACAUGACAAGCAGGUUCAGGGGUCAGAGAGACUCGUGAACACCUUAGAGCAGCAGCUGAAGCCAACUGAAGUGCAUUAUGGAGCAGAGAUCCCAUAUUUGCAGGGAAGCCUUCAGACCAUCCAUGGACUGUCAGCACAGCCGAGUGUUGAUUCGGUUAUAUUACAAGAAUGUGCUGCACAGGAAUGUCUUCACUGUGGAAACUGUCUACAUGAGCACAUUGUCAGCAUCACAGAGUUUCCAGAUGAAUUUGAACGAAGUCAAGAAACAAAUAUGAUUAAAUUAAUGGAAAAACAAUAUCAAGAGCGAUUAGAAGAAGAAGUAGCUAAGGUCAUCGUGUCAAUGAGUGUAGCAUUUGCUCAACAAACGGAACUGUCUAGAAUAUCCGAGGGGAAAGAGAACUCUAUACAAUCAGAUCAAGCAAGCUCUCUAUGUUCUCAAGAACAUGCUUUUGAUGACGUCACAUCACAGGGUCGAGUAUAUCCGCAGACUCUUUCCAGAGUUGACAAGAAUUUUAAAGAACAAUUUAAACCACUUAGCAGUGAAUUAGAAGAACACAGAAAAGCUCCUUUGUCUAACCAUGAUGAUCUUAAUAGUGAUAUAUUAAAGUCAAAGGACCAAGGGCUGAGUGUUUCACAAGAAAUAUUUUCCAAAGAUGAAACACUUACAGUUAAACCAUGUAUCCAUGAUGAGGUGUCAUACACAGAGACUUGUAAACAGCUGGAAGAUAUGCGGCAAGAACUUGUACGCCAGUAUGAAGAGCACCAGCAGGCAGCAGAACUGUUGAGGCUGGCACACAUGAGACAGAUGGAGAGGCAGCGAGAAGACCAAGAGCAGCUAGAGGAGGAGGUGAAGAGUCUCAAGGAGCAGUUAGCCCAGAGAUCUUCAAUAAAUACUGAAAACGAGGUUUCUGAGAGAGAGAGGGUGCUUUUAGAGGAACUGGAAGCACUAAAGCAGCUGUCUUUAGCUGGAAGAGAGGAGCUGUGUUGUGAGCUGCGCAACAGCAGUACUCAAACACAGGAUGGAAAUGAUACUCAAGAAGUUGAGGAGCAUACAUUAAAAGAAGAGACACUGGAAAGAAAACCUGAAGCUUCAACUCUUGAUGUCAGCUUGUCCAAUGAAAGACAUGCUCUCCUAAAAGCCAAUAGUAGACUGCUAAAGAUUCUGUUAGAAGUCGCCAAGACAACUGCAGCUGCUGAAGAAACAAUUGGAUGCCAUGUUCUUGGCAUUUUGGAUAGAUCUAGUAAAGUUAAGCCAGCUACCAGCCUGCUUUGGAGAUCAGAAGCAGAUGUAUCUGCAAAGCCUUCUGUUCAAGAAGAAAGUGGAAGAGUUACGGAUGAGUCUGCACCCUCUCUUCCUGGAAGUGCCAUAGCAAGAAAUGACAGCAACUGGUCAAAAGUAGCUGAAGAAGGAGCAGACCUAUCACAGCAAUUUUGGACAAGUGGUUUUGCUAGCCCUGAACUAGAUCCUGAAAAUGUAGAGCUGAUGUUGAAUGUCAGCUCUCGACUACAAGCAGCAGUUGAAAAACUACUGGAGGCCAUAAGUGAAACCAGCAGUCAGCUUGAGCAUGCAAAAGCUACACAAACAGAAUUGAUACAUGAGUCAUUUAGACAAAAACAAGAGGCAACAGAGUCACUUAGGUGCCUAGAAGAACUGAAUGAGCGUCUCCAAGAAGAGUCCAGGACCAGAGAGCAGCUAGCUGUUGAACUCAAUAAAGCUGAAAGUAUUAUUGAUGGGUAUUCGGAUGAAAAAAUUAUUUUUGAAAGAGAAAUUCAGGAAAAAUCCUACAUAAUAGAUCAUCUAGAGCAGGAGUUGGUACGCGUGAGCAGUAGACUUCAGGAACUAGAGGAAGAGCAGCAGCAGGUGCAGGAGGAGCGGGAGCUGCUGUCCAGGCAAAAGGAGGCGAUGAGAGCAGUUGCUGGCCCCGUGGAGCAGCAAUUUCUUCAUGAGACAGAAAAAUUAAUGAAGGAAAAGCUGGAAAUUCAGUGCCAAGCUGAAAAAGUACAUAACAAACUUCAGAAGCAACUGAAAAUUUUAGAAGUAGAUGUUGAAGUAAAAACCAGUAAGUUAAUAGAAAUGGAGCAAGAGAGAAAUGCUGAGCUCAUAGAUCUAAGACAGCAAAACCAAGUACUGGAAAAACAAAUGGAAAAACUUAAAAGAUUUAUUGAUGAACAGGCAGUUGAUAGGGAGCAUGAGAGAGAUGCUUUCCAAUUGGAAAUAGAGAAGCUGGAACAGCAGCUUAAGGUUGUACCUCGACUCCAGCCUGUCAGUGAGCAGCAAACCAGAGAGGUCGAACAGUUAACUGGUCAUCUUAAAGAGAAAACAGACAAAUGCAGUGAGCUGCUGUUGUGUAAAGAGCAGCUGCAGAGAGAUGUGCAGGAGCGGAACGACGAGAUAGAGAAGCUGGAGUGCCGAAUACGAGCACUGGAACAAGCCCUGAUUGCUAAUACUGACUCCUUCCCAAAGAUAAAUGACCAGAAGCAGUCUGGAGGUAUAGAGGCUAAAUCUGAACUGUCUCUGGAAAUUCAAUUGCAGGCUGAGCGGGAUGCUAUAGAACGAAAAGAAAAAGAGAUUUCUAACUUAGAAGAGCAAUUAGAGCAAUUUCGAGAAGAACUGGAAAAUAAGAAUGAAGAGGUUCAGGAGCUCCACAUGCAGCUAGAAAUACAGAGAAAGGAGUCUACCACUCACUUGCAAGAACUGCAGCAAGAAAAUAAAUUAUUUAAGGAUGAAAUUAAAAAACUGGAGUUUUUCCUGAAAGACUAUGAUCCCCAGUUUUGUCAUGAUCAGCCCAUGUUGCUUGGGGAAUUCUCAAAGAUAAUUCAAGAAAAGGAUGACAAAAUUGACCGGUUAAAUGAACAGCUUAUUAAACUUCAGGAGCAAGUUGAAGCAGACAACCAGGCCAUUAAAGAAAAAGAUGAAUGUAUAAAGGGACCCGAUACCCAAAUCCAGUGUUUGAUGUAUGAGCAAGAAUAUGUGAAGAAAAAUAGAGAGAAAGAAAUAGAGCAUCUGAAAGGAGUUAUUGAAAAUUGGCAGCAGGAGUUGGCAGGCAUUGAGGAGAAGACAACAGAAAUCACAUCCCAUCCCCCAGACACAGAAAGCCUCCAGUAUACACUGGAUAAUGUGAGAGCUGAAGAAAAGGCUUCAGAACAAAAAGUAGAAGCCGGCAAUGAGGAAAUGGCCUACACAAAAAAUACUGCUAAAGAAGCCAAUUUUAAAAUGGAUCAGAUAAUGCAAGAACCAUGCACACUGAACAAAGAAAACACGAACCAGGAGCAAGUGCACACUGUAUCUAUGGAAAGUGUUGGCAUGGCUGUCGAUGAGUGCCAGGCUGACGCACUGCAGCCAGAAGAUGUCACUGCUCAGGACUCUUCUAAGCUUCUAAAAACCCUGAUUUCUGUCGGAUGCCUUAAACAAAACUCCAAAGGUUACAGAAGUCUAGAAACACAGUUACUAGGACUGGAGAGUUCUGUAAAAAGGAAGGAUUUAGAACUAAUGCAGUGUCAUAAACAAAUAAAAAUCAUGCACGAGCAAGGCCAGUCCAAAACAGAAAUGCUUCAAAAGAAGAUCAAAAAUCUUCAGAAUUUACUUGAAGAGAAGGUAGCCGCAGCCAUCGUUAGUCAAGCACAACUGGAGGCCUUCCAGCAGUUUGUGAAGAACUUACAAGAGAAGAGACCAUCAGAACCUGAAAGGACAGAUAGGCACAAUGUAAAUCCUCUGACAGGAGACAACAUAGACUCAGACGUCUACACAUUAACUGUGCGAAUAGCAGAGUUAGAGAACCAAGUAGCUGAAAUGCAGUCUAGUUUUAUAUCAGAAAAACAACAUGUGGAAAUUACAGAGAAAAAGUGUUGUGAUACAGAAAACGUGCUAGAGCUACAGAUGCCUCCUGAAGAGGAUACCAAGAAAAGACAGGAAGUUGAAGAAAAAGAAGGAAGCCUUCAAGAUUUGGAUAUCUCCGAGACAAGUGUUAAGUUGAUUCAUGCCAGUGGAGACUGUGGAUUUUUGGAUGAACUUGAAGCUUUUGGAGGCAGAUUGGUGUCUCACAAAAAAGGAAACAGUUAUAAAGAACAAGCAGAAAACUAUGAAGAGCUUUUGAUAAAAGAACAACAUAUAACAUCACUCUCAAGAGAUUCAAAUAAAGUUACUGGUCAGCUCACAAAUACCAAAGAGAAUUUAUUGCACUUGUUAGAAAUAGAAAAUUGGACUGGAGACAAGCAAACUGGAAAAUUCACCACAUCAGAGCCAAUUCCUGUAGAUGGCUGCUCUGGGUUCCAGACAGAGGGAGACAGCAUUGGUAGCAGCAGUAAUCAGCUCCUCUUUAGACCUCCAGGAGCUCAGAUUGACACAUGGGCUGAGUGCUCCCCAGAAGUAGUCAUGCAAAUCAUCAGUCAGUUUACUGAAAACAUCGAACAAAUGAAGGAGGUAUAUUCUGCAGAAAUUUUGGAUAUGGAAUCCAGAAUAUUAGCAGAAGCUGUGACUUUUAAGAGAGGAUGUUAUGUUGCAAUCCAGUUACUGACUAGAGAUUGUCAUUCUUUAAAGAAAAUGACCCAGUGUUUAAAAUCUGAACAGGUGUCCUCCAUUCCUGCAUUGAAGUAUUCUAAUGCUCAUCAAACCAGAGAAAUACGUUCAAGUGAUUCUGAAUCUGAUUGGGGCCAUGGGUUUGACACAGCAUCAGAAGGUGGAGAAGAAGGUGAAAGUUCAACUGGAACAGUUCCAAGGGUCGUCAAGGGAUUAUUGAGAGCAGUCCAUACUGAGGGCAUGCAAAUGCUUUCUCUCGCAGACUCUCCUGAGGAUGAUGGAGAGGACCAGCCUAAACAGAAAGUUUCAGAAUCUUGGCUAGAAGAGAGAAAGACUUUCAUCUCUACUAUCUUAUCUCUUAAAGAUUUAAUUUCCAAAAUGCAAGUGCAAAGACAGACUGAGGUUUCUGGCCAGACUGUGUCACUUGAGAGCCUCCCAGAUUGGCGAGGUGAACUUUUGCUUGCCCUUCAGGAUGUACUCUUGAAGGAACGGAGUGUAUUACUAGCUGCCUUCCGAACAGAGCUGAUGUCUUCUGGCACUAAAGACGCUGAUGGAUUACUGAACUGUUUGCAACAGAGAGUACAAGAACAGGGCAUUGAGUAUCAAACAGCUAUGGAGUGUCUCCAGAAAGCAGACAGAAGGAGUUUGUUAGCUGAAAAUCAAUCAUUACAUGCUCAGAUCAAUGGCAGGGAAGUGACUCUGAACAGAGAACAAAAAACUGACACUUCAAGCCAAGAACUCCUAGACUGCAAAAUGCAACAGUCUUGCAAGCUGGAGGUGCAAGUUCAACAUGGAGGCAAGAAAGACAGAAUGGUUGAGCUGCAGGAACAGCUCAGUUCAGAAAAAAUGGUGGUUUCAGAAUUAAAAAAUGAACUCUCACGGGUACAACUGGAACUAGAAAGCACACUGAAGGCCCAGCAUGAGCACCUAAAGGAACUGGAAGUAUUCAGAUUAAAAGCAAAUGAAGUUCAUUUGCUUAGUGAUACAUUAGCAAGAGAACAGAAGAAAUCCCAAGAACUGCAGUAUGCCUUGGCAACAGAGAAAGCCAAGUCAGGCCAUGAUGAAGAACAGGAUAAGGAACUUAAGGCUCUAAGAUCCACUCUAGAAGAACAGACACAGAUGCAGAUACACUUAAUUUCACUUCUGGGACAACAGAGGCAAUUACUAAAUGAUUUACAGCAACAAAUAGAGUCACAGAGAAUGUUGUAUAAUGUGCAGGUAGCAGAAGAACAAGACCGGAACUUAGAGCUUCAGGUUCUUCUGGAGUCUGAAAAAGUUAACAUUCAGGAGAUGAAGGCAACCCUAGACAAGGAAAGGGAGCUGCAUAGCAAUGGCGGGCAGCCCCAGCCAGCCUUCCCUCCUGAGGAGAUACUUCAGGAGUUACAGGGACCAUUAGAAGAAAAGCAGAAACACAUAAUGGAACUGGUAAAUGAAAGUCGAAAGUAUAAACGGGAUUCCUUGCGAGCAAAACAGCAGAUGGAAAAGGACAGGCAGGUUCAGCAAAAGACAUUGCAGGUGGAAAAAGAAACUAACACCCUUGGCCAGCAGAAAAUGGAGGAGCUGCAGAGCAAAGUGGAAGAACUUCAGCGCCAGCUGCAGGAAAAAAGGCACCAAGUACAUAAACUAGACCUUGAAGGGAGGAGACUGCAAGGGGUAAUGCAGGGAUUCCAACAGCAGGAGCUAGAGCAGAAGGGAAAAGAGGAAAGUAGACGACUUCUGUAUCAGAAUGUUAAUGAGGGAGCUGCUUGGAGUUUUACUGACGACCGAACUAGAAAUUGGGUUCUUCAACAGAAAAUGGAAGGAGAGAGCAAAGACACAAGCUAUGCAAAGUUGAUGGAAAUGAAUAGAAAAAAGGAUGACUCUGAUAAUGACAUAGAAAUUAUCAGACAGAAACUUCAGCAUGUGGCUAUGAAAAUUCAGCAACAUAUAGCCCAGAAAGCCUGUGACAGAUUAGAGAUUGAAGUAUCGGAUAAGGAUGCUUUAAUUUGGGUUCAAGAAAGAAUUGAUCGGAUUAUUUUUCGAGUACAGAGACUAAGGGACCAACAAGAAGAUGAGCACAGCUUAGUGUCCUCCAGUUCCUCUUGUGGCUCUUUAAUAGAAAUGGCUUUGAAACAGAAUUCUGAACUAACAGGACAUAUUAACCAACUAACUGAGGAAAAGAAUCACUUACGAAACAUUAUCAUGCAACUGGAAGAACAGAUAAAGUUUUAUCAGCAGACAAGAGCUGGUAGAAGUUGUUCCUCUAGGUUUUCACUUGAUGGUGGUGCUAACGUCAAGGACAUCAUUGCUUCAGAAAAAGAAGUCUGGAACAAAGAGAAGUUGACUCUUCAGAAAUCCCUGAAAAGGGCCGAAGCAAAAGUGUGCGAACUAAAGGCAGAACUGAGAAAUGAUGCCUUACAUCACCAUCAGAGCCCUGACUCUGAGAACGCUGUCUUCAAGAAAAUUUAUGGAAAAUACUUAAGAGCUGAAAGUUUCCGAAAAGCUCUUAUAUUUCAGAAGAAAUACCUGCUGCUGCUCCUGGGAAGAUUCCAGGAGUGCGAAGAUGCCACUAUGGGGCUGCUUGCCCGCAUGGAAGGAUACCCAGGCUUGAGAGACCAUGAGAUGGUCCCCGGCCGCACAGAAGGACUCACCAGGUUUCGAACCGCCAUUAGAGUGUCUAUCGCAAUUACUAGAAUGAAAUAUUUGGUUCGGCGGUGGCAUCGUGUCAAAAGUUCUGGUCCCAUCAAUAUUAACAGGGAUGAUUUUGGAUUGAGUCCAGGUGUUGAAAAGACUGAUCCACUUUAUCACUCUACCAGUGGACUGGAACUGUGUGAAGAUCCAAGACACAUGACAUGCCGCUCAAGAUCUGACCUAGAUUUCCCUAGGUCUCCCUUAUCAUUCAAUAGGUACCCAGGGACUCUUGCUGAUUUCAAUCCUGUGUCCUUGACCUCCCCUCAACUCCAGCAUUACAAUCCUGGCAGAACUCUGACAGAUUAUGUCACCCAGAUGGACGCACUGCAAAGACGACUUGGGUCUACUUCACAGUCAGGUUCACCUGCUUUGCAGUUUCAUACUGGCAUGAGGAGAUAAUCCUCAAUUUCAUUCUGGCAUGAGGAGAUAAUCUUCUGAAAAAAAGUAUUAAUUGAAUUUCAAAUAGAUUCCCUUUUGUAAGUCAAUGGCUCUUUUGUGCUUUUUUAUUGUGAAUAUUCAAUGGGACCAAUACAAACACAGCUUAUGAUUGUAUACAAAUCCUUGCCAGCACAUAAAGACAAACUGGAGUUUGUGUAUAUGAGCAUUGUGUGUCCAUGCACAAUAAUCAUUAAGUUACAUGUAUAUUUGUGGAAUGCUAAUUUAAAUGAUUAAAUUAUAAGUAUGAGAUGGGUGAAAAGAUUAAACUUUUUCAAAUGAUGCUGCUAGAUGUGUAGCGUGCAGUGUCCUGCGCUUUUCCUACAAGGCUAAAUGUUUCUGCCUAAUAUAUUUGCUGCUGGUGAUGAAGACAGAACACAUCACUUGUAGACACCUAUUUUUGUAUAAUGGUAGAAGUUUGAACUUUACUGGGGUAUUUUGUCAAGUACUGAAAUAAAAAUGACUUCACCAUUUAACCAUA